AUGUUCAAGAACACCGAGCGAUACGUCAAAACGUGCGUUGACUGUGUCAUGGCUAAGGGACUACCCCGGAACCCGGGAUCGUUGCCCUGUAACCUGCUGGCCACACGACCGUUCCAGGUCGUCUCCAUGGACUUUGUGAUACCGCUGCAUCAGUCCGCCCGGGGAAAUACGGCACUACUCCUGUUCCAGUGCACGUUCUCAGGUUUCAUCAUGUGCAAAGCCAUGACGAGACCCGAAGCCCAAGAUGUGUCUGAAGCCUAUGAAGAGUGUGUGUUCCGAAGGUUCGGAGCCAGUGAGAUGAUCCGUCACGACCGAGACCCGCGCUUCAUGGGUCGGGUCUUCACGCACUGCUGGGGGAUGCUCGAAAGCAGACAACGCGCGACUCCGGCCUAUCGCGCCCAGGCCAACGGACAACAAGAGAGGUCAGGGCAGACGGUGAUCCGAAGCGCCCAGGCGUACGUGCAGACGGGGCGGACCAGAGUGACUGGGAUGAGCUGGCGGAGAAACUCAUGUGGGUACUGA